CUCUCGUCACCCAGUGUGUCUGUGCUGGGGCUCGGGGCCUCCUCCCUUCCCAGCUCGUCCCUCGUUCUGUGGACCUGGGUGUUCACCCCACCUGGGUGGCUGGCUGUGUGUGGGGUCUGUGGUCAUGUGGGCACCGUACAUUCAAGGUGGUGGCUGUUUUAGUUUUCAAGGAAUGUAAUGGUCUGGAAUUUGUCAAAAGAUUCUUUGGGGGGCUGGCCUGGUGGCGCAGUGGGGUGUUAGCUCAGGGCCAAUCUUCCUUACCAAAGGGGGGAAGAAGAUUCUUUAGGGGGUGGGAAGGCAGAGAGGAUGUCUGAAUGCAGGCACUUGACACCCUAGAGGUUUGCUGCUAAACUCGCCUCGCUCCUAAGCUUUGGCCCUGAAGGUGCGGCUCCUCUGGAACUUCCUUGAGGGGCAGGACAGAGGUGGUUUCCACGUUAACCCUGGGGGUGGCCCCUGGUGGUGGUGGGCCCAGGGGUUUUCUCUCUUCCCACAGUAUUGUGGAGAGACUGACGGUCAGAGCUGGGCAACGUUGGCCUGGGGUGCUCCAGGGUGGCCCCUGAAGGGGCAGGCUCUGCUCAGGGAGUGACGAGGGCCCGCCUGCCAUGCCUUGCAGGUGUCCAUCAUCCCCCGGGGUGAGGGGCUGGGCUAUGUCCAGUGCUUGCCCAGGGAGCAGCACCUGUACACGCGGGAACAGCUCCUGGACCGCGUGUGUGUGAUGCUGGGGGGCAGGGUGGCCGAGCAGGUCUUCUUUGGGCAGAUCACCACGGGGGCCCAGGACGACUUGAGGAAGGUCACCCAGAGUGCCUACGCCCAGGUAGUGCAGUUUGGGAUGAGCGAAAAGCUAGGCCAGGUGUCCUUCGACCUUCCCCGGCAAGGUGAGAUGCUGGUGGAGAGACCGUACAGUGAGGCCACUGCCCAGCUCAUUGACGAGGAGGUCCGGUGCCUCAUCAGCUCUGCCUACGAGCGGACCCUGGACCUGCUGAUGCGGUGCCGGGACCGGGUGGACAAGGUGGGCAAGCGGCUGCUGGAGAAGGAGGUGCUGGAGAAGCCCGACAUGGUGGAGCUGCUGGGCCCCCGGCCCUUCGCGGAGAAGUCCACCUAUGAAGAGUUUGUGGAAGGCACCGGCAGCCUAGAGGAGGACACGUCCCUUCCCGAGCGGCUGAAGGGCUGGAACUGGGGACAGGAGGAGGGGAGCACGGAGCAUUGAAUGCAGGAGAGCCCAACUUAGCCAGUCUACCUCUGGGAGCAGUGGCUGGAAUUACCAGAAAACACAUUAAAACACGUGAUAACUGCAGAUGGGCGUUUUAGAUGAGGGCACUCUGACCCCGCAGUGAUCCCGCUCCCAGAAUAUGGCCUUCCCCUGUGACAGGAGCUGGGACCCUGUUCCUAGAGGACAGGGGCCCAAGUCAGGGGAGGGCAGCGAGCCGUAACUCACCUGCCACCCCAGGAGCAGAGGGCGUUGUGUCUUCCUGGAGACCGCGAGUGUUGGACCCCUGUGGGCCUCUGACAGGAUGGGUGGUGGUCGCAUGUGGUGGGGACAGUGCCUC